GGGAAAACAGUACUCCGCCUCUGAUCGCUACAUUAGGCGUUUCCUUCACCGACGAGCCAGACGUAAAGCAGACUUAAGCAUGGCUUUGAGGGGUGAAACCAGCAUGCUCGGAGUGUGACCGACUCCUGUGGCGAGCUCAGUGCCAGUCACACGACUCACACCGGCUCCUGCGCGGAUGCGAACCAGAGCCACAGAGCGCCGAGCGAGAAAGAGAAAGAGAAGCGAUCUGUCCGUCCUGUCGUCCGCUGGGAUGGAGGAGCCGCAGCAGCAGCAGCAGUUUAACCGCGAGGAGAUCAACGGCACCGUGUGGGAAGUUCCGCUCAAAUACGUGCGGCUGAAGCAGAUCGGAACCGGAGCCUACGGCACAGUGUGCUCGGCUAUUAAUGAGAAAACCCAGGAGAAAGUCGCCAUCAAGAAGCUUCACAGGCCCUUCCAGUCGGAGAUCUUUGCGAAGAGGGCCUACCGGGAGCUCAGACUGCUAAAACACAUGAAGCAUGAAAAUGUGAUUGGACUGCUGGAUGUGUUUACCCCCGCCACCCGACUGGAAUCCUUUCAGGACUUCUACCUGGUGAUGCCAUACAUGUUCACAGAUCUGUCCAAGGUGCGGGGCCUGCUCUCAGAAGACCGGGUGCAGUUCCUGGUCUACCAGAUGCUCUGUGGACUAAAGUACAUUCACAGUGCUGGCAUCAUUCACAGGGAUCUGAAACCAGGCAACUUGGCAGUCAAUCAAGACUGCGAGCUGAAGAUAUUGGACUUUGGCCUGGCAAGGCAUGCAGAUCAAGAGAUGACUGGUUAUGUUGUGACAAGAUGGUACCGAGCACCUGAGGUUAUUUUAAAUUGGAUGCACUACAACCAGACAGUGGACAUCUGGUCAGUUGGGUGCAUAAUGGGAGAAAUGUUCAACGGAAAGACACUCUUCAAAGGAAAAGACUACAUGGAUCAGCUGGUUCAAAUCAUGAAGGUAACAGGGACACCUGGCCCAGAAUUCAUUGAGAAACUAGAAAGCCAGGAGGCAAAGAACUAUGUGAAAUCGCUUCCCUUUUAUCCUCGGAAAGAUUUCUCUGCACUGUUUCCCCGAGCCAGUGAACAAGCGGUGGACCUGCUGGAGAAGAUGCUGGUUUUAGACACUGAUACCCGUGUCACUGCUGAUGGUGCACUGGCCCACAGUUACUUUGAUGGCCUGAGAGAUCCAGACGACUGUCCAGAGCCUAAGCCAUAUGAUGACAGUUAUGACAAUGCCACGCUGCCUCUAGAGGAGUGGAAGAGAUUGUCGUUUAAAGAAGUGAAGAGUUUUGUUCCGUUUCCAAGAAGAGACUCGAAGAGGAGAAACACAUUGACAAUGUCUCAGUGAUGUUACACUAUGUCACAGCCAUGCCUUUACGCAGAGGAUUGGUGCAAAGGAACGGAGUGUACAAAUGUUUACACAUAAAUCUGUUACUAGUUAUGACAAUCCAUGAUGAGUCAGUAAUGAAUGUAUCUUUGUUGUGUACCUGAUAAGUGGGCUUAAGGAUGUACUGCUGUUACAGUAGUGAUUACCUUUCAUUCGUUGCCUUGAUGCCUUUGUUUUAGGUUUGGAAUUAUAUAAAAAGAGUUAUUCUUUAGAUAUUACUUGGAUUCUUUGAUUCAGACCUGUAACAUUGUGGCUUUUUGUGCUCAGGUGACAAAAACACACCUAGAUACUAUAUGUCAAGAGCUGUACAGUUUUUCACUAUUAAGGUCUCUAAAUAUUAUUUGUAAGAUUGAACAGAGCUAAUUAAAAUUGCAGUAGUGCCCAUAAGUGUAUAUUGUAAAAUAUACCACAGCACUGUGCAUCAAAAACCAGCUCAAUUACUUACUCUAGUGCCACACUGCUGUUUGAGAACUUAAACCCUUAGAACAACUUAAAUUUGACAAAGAGCUGAGGGAGUAAACCAGGAGAAUGUAUUGAAUAACUGAAGUGCAGCAUAACUGAAGAUACCUUUAAAAAUUGUGUGUAGGGGGGUGUCAGGAUCCUCCCCAGCUAUAGGUCAGAGGAAAGCAGUUAAAAUUUAUAUGAAAUAUGACUGAUUGCACAUGCCAUCAGACUAUAGUCUGACCAUUUGGAGGGACCAUGGUGUGUGAUAUGGAAGCUUUUCUGUUAUGUUGGAGUUUACUUUUAAUUGAUGACUUUCAGCACAGCACAGGUAUACGCAGUAUGGUUACAUACCUCCUACAUAAUAGGUAUUGAGCUAUAUGUAAUAGUCACUUGCCAGGGUAUGUUAUGAAAUGAUUUGUGAAUGUUGUUUAUGGUGCAUAGCCAAUGUAAGAUGCAUUUGACAAUGAUAAUGAACCCAGUACACAUUAUGACAAUCAGUGAUGUAUUUUAAUUACAUAUUUUUAAAUAAAUGCCUUAAUUAAAA